AAUUAUGUCUCCAUGAAGGCUCAUGAAUCUGUUGACGACUACGUAAAGUUAAGAAGAAACACAGGUGCUGUACAAGUUACGUUCAAUUUUAUCGAGAUCGCACUCAAUAUUGAACUUCCUGAUAAAGUAUACAAUGAUCCGAGCUUUCAAUGCCUUAUGGACAAUUGCAAUGAUCACGCCUGCUUUAUAAACGAUAUUUAUUCCCUAAAGAAAGAACUUUUGGUCGGUGAUACAGAUAAUCUAAUUUUAGUUUUGAAAAUUUUAUCUAAUUAUUCCUUGCAAGAAGCUGUUAAUGAUGCAGUGAAAUUGGCAAAUCAACGAGUUAUUCAAAUACGAGAAAAUAUCUCUAAUUUAUCAGAUUUUGGUCCAGAAAUGAAUAAAAUUGUUAAUAUGUACUCUGAAGCAUUAAUAGAUUGGCUUGCUGGUUCCUUCUACUGGCAUCAAAUUUCCGGUAGAUAUGCUGUAGGUGAUCAUGCUACUAGGAAAUAUAUGGAAUCCUACUUGGAACCGAUUUUGGCACAUGACAAGAAACACCUUACUCGUUGA